GUUCAAAGUUAUCACAUCUUUGGAAUUUGAUCUGCAGAAUUUUAGUGGCUUCUAAAAUCUUAGUGGAUAAAAUUUUCAGGUAGAAAAACAAUAAUAAGAAAUUAAAGAAAACCCAAUUCUGUUUUAUUUCCAUUUUCAAGAUUCUUUAUCCUUUAUCCUACAACAAUUUGUGUGUAAAUAUAAGAGUUGACCACUUGUAGUUGUAUAGCUCUCGUUUUAACCCCAUUCCCUUAUCUACAAAUGGGUUUGAAUUGAUUCUUGAUAUAUUGAAUUGUACUGAGCAAUUGUUUUGCUAUGUUCCCUUACAGUUCGGGUUUGUUUGGAUCUUGUUUAUUUUUUGAGUGAAUAUUAGGGGUUGGUUGUUACUGUGUUGGGUUGAUUUUUGUUCUACUGUAAGAAAAAUUUCUUACAAUUUCAAGGUUUUUCUUUAGCCUGCAAUUUCAUUUUGUUGAGCUUAUAUAGUGUUGAGUGAUGGUGGUAUCUGGGAGUGGAGACCCUGUUGAGUCAUUUCUGAAUUCAGUACAAUUUGGGGUUAAGAAUGCGCUUUCGCCGAUAGAGUUGGGAUUUAAGAAAGUGGCAAAGGAUUUUGAGCAUUGUUGGCCAAAGAAUGGAUUAGAUGUCAAGAAAAUGAGUAGUGCAAGUAAGGAAGGUGUUGGUAGUGAUGAGAAAAAGAAGGGUUUGUUGAUAAAGAAUGGGAAACCUGAGACUUGUAGUGGUCUUGGAUUAGAUGUCAAGAAAAUGAGUGAAAGUAAGCAAGGUGAUGAGAAAAAGAAGGGGUUGUUGAUAAAGUUACCUAUUAAGAUGUUUGUUGGAAUGUUUGGGAAUAAUAAUGGGCAGAUUGAUAAUAAAGGGGCAAAUGUGGCCAGGAAAGGGUUGAAGGAGAAGUACGGUGGCGGUAAAGGGGAUGGGAGCUGUGUGAAUUGCCUGCAAUUUGCUGUUUCUUGGUCAUUGUUAAUCAACGGUUUUGUUCAGGCUGUUCCGAGCCCGUUUAAGAAGCGGGUUCAGAAGGCGAAUAAUGUGGAUAGUGUUUGUAAUGAUGUGAAGGAAAAGAAGACAAGUGAUCAGGUUGUUAUGGGGAAGCGUGAUGGAGUGAAGCACAAAGAGGAAAAGAAUGUAUCUUUUGAGUGCUUUCUUGGUUUUCUUUUCGAUCAAGUAGUUCUCAAUCUUCAAAAAUUUGACUUAGGAGUCCAACAACAGGAAUGCGAGAGUGCCGAGUCUAAUCAAAUCCCUCCCCCUCUUUCCAAUCAGUUUGAUCAUUUCAAGGUGCUAGUGAGUAUUUUAGAGGGUAAAAGAGCUGAUGUCAAUGGAUUUCUGGGAAAUCUGAAUUUUGCAAGAGUAGGAGGUGUUCCUUCGAGUAUUGUUGAUGUAGAUUCUACUGCGAGAGAAGAGAGAGAAGACGGUGUUAAUGAUAUUGUUGGUGGUCAAGAAGAGAGCACUGGAAAUUCCACAAAACGUUUAGCGAAUGGUUUGCUUAGUAUUCCUUUAUCCAAUGUCGAGCGUUUGAGAUCAACAUUGUCCACAGUUUCAAUAACAGAACUAAUUGAGCUCUUGCCUCAGUUAGGACGACCUAGUAAAGACCAUCCUGACAAGAAAAAGCUCAUCUCAGUCCAAGACUUUUUCAGAUACACAGAAGCUGAAGGUAAGAGAUUCUUUGAGGAAUUGGAUAGAGAUGGUGAUGGUCAAGUCACGAUGGAAGAUCUUGAAAUUGCUAUGAGAAAGAGAAAAUUGCCAAAGAGAUAUGCCCAUGAACUCAUGCGUCGUGCUAGAAGUCACUUGUUCUCAAAAUCUUUUGGGUGGAAACAAUUUCUGUCGUUGAUGGAACAGAAGGAACCUACCAUCCUGCGGGCUUAUACCAGUCUUUGUUUGAGCAAAUCAGGCACAUUGCAGAAGAGUGAGAUACUCGCAUCACUAAACAAUGCAGGACUUCCAGCAAAUGAAGACAAUGCUAUUGCCAUGAUGCGAUUUCUAAGUGCGGAUCAGGAAUCUAUUUCCUAUGGACAUUUUCGGAAUUUUAUGCUGCUGCUUCCAUCAGAUCGGCUUCAAGAAGAUCCUCGAAAUAUCUGGUUUGAGGCUGCUACAGUGGUUGCUGUUCCUCCACCUGUAGAAUUUCCUGCUGGAAGUGUCCUAAAAUCAGCAUUGGCAGGAGGCCUUGCCUGUGCAUUGUCUACUUCUCUAAUGCACCCUGUCGAUACGAUUAAGACACAAGUACAAGCAUCAACGCUUAGCUUUCCACAAAUCAUAUCAAAGCUUCCUGAACUUGGAGCAAGGGGAUUGUACAGAGGUUCUAUUCCUGCUAUUCUAGGGCAGUUUUCGAGUCACGGCUUGCGGACUGGAAUUUUUGAAGCAAGCAAGGUUGUGCUGAUUAAUGUUGCUCCUACACUUCCAGAACUACAGGUUCAAUCUGUGGCAUCAUUCGCCAGCACUUUCUUAGGUACUGCUGUGAGAAUACCUUGUGAGGUGCUCAAGCAAAGAUUGCAAGCUGGUCUUUUUGACAAUGUUGGUGCAGCAAUCAUUGGCACUUGGCAGCAAGAUGGUCUUAAGGGUUUUUUCCGUGGAACUGGUGCCACUCUCUGCCGUGAGAUUCCAUUUUAUGUUGUAGGCAUGGGCCUAUAUGCCGAGUCCAAAAAGGCUGUGCAACAGCUUCUGGGGCGAGAGUUGGAGCCUUGGGAAACAGUUGCCGUUGGAGCUUUAUCUGGUGGGUUGACAGCUGUUUCAACGACUCCGUUUGAUGUGAUAAAGACCAGAAUGAUGACUGUUCCACAGGGAAUGACUGUGACAGCCUCGAUGGUUGCAUUAUCAAUUCUCCGUCAUGAAGGACCCCUCGGAUUGUUUAAAGGGGCCAUUCCUAGAUUUUUCUGGAUUGCUCCUCUGGGUGCGAUGAAUUUUGCUGGCUAUGAGCUAGCAAGGAAAGCCAUGGACAAGGAGGACACCGAGCAGCUUGCUCAGAAAAGUGGCUAGCAGACUAAGAUUUGUUUAGUGAUCGUAACAUGUAAAAGCUGCUGGGAAAUUUUGAACCUUUUCCAAGUCACAGCAUCAUCACAUUUAAAUUUGUCGAAAUCCCUGCUUUUUUCUUGUUAGAGGCAAAACUUUUUAGAUUUGGUCUCUGAACACUUGUAAAUUUCCAUUAGCAGCAUGUUCAUCUUUUGCUUUGUAACAUCAUUUUGUACCUCAUUUUGUGCAGCUUCUAACCUUGAUACAUGAAGCUCUAGAUCUAAUUCUACACAGGUAUCAAGAGUACAAAAAGAACAGAAGCAACAAUACUGAAAAAACUUUUCUGAAAUUCCUGUUAGACAGCUGUUCAGCAGAAUAUAGCCAAAGUUCUCUUAUGUCA